CAUCCCUUUAAAAGCUCGUCGUCUCAAGUUCGUAUAUACACCUCUGUACCACUUCGUUUCUGCUCACCUACUGCCAAUUUCUACCCACAGACUCUUGCCCAUCCCCUACACAGUCUCUUCCUCAACAAAACAGCAGCUUUAUUAGCCACAAGUCUCCGAGUAACACCGAAAUGAUUUCUACUACUCUCCUCAACUCCCUGCUCCUCGUUGCCGCAGCAAGCAUCUCUCUCGCUAGCCCGAUACAACAGCCUCUCCCCAUCUUGCCUCGCUACUCAGUAGCAAACGAGCACCUAGAAGUCCUGUCCAUGCGAGCGUCGGCAGAUGUAGACCCUUCAGCGGUUUCCGAAGUGAGGUGUAUAGACCCGAACGUAAACAUCGUCUUCCACGACCAGAACGUAGCCGAGCUCAACAUCUGCGACGGCAUCGCAGGCACCAUCACGAAAUGCGGCGGCUCGCCCCAGAGCACCGUCGGCCGCUCCGGCACUGCUGAGUUCACCCUACGCGCCACUGCCACGGACGCUACCAUCAACAUCUCCAAAGGCCGUUGGGAGGGCUGCGUACGCGCUGCCAGAGCUAUCUGCCCAACUGGUAGCAUGAGCGGCACGUGUACCGGUGGAGCGACGUUGGGUAACGUGGACUUCACUCUCGAUUCACCGUCAUGAGCCAGCCGGCCAGCCAUUAAAUCCAUGGUGAUAUGAAAAUCAUCCCAGCCAAAGCCAGAGCCACGACGGGUACUCCGACGUAGGCGUACGGGCUUCGGAGCACUCCCAAUUAUUUCGGGACUUCGAAAUAUGUAGGUAGUUAUAGCGUUUGCUUGCUUGAAGCGGGAGCUGGCUUGUUUUAUUUAUACUUGCCGCUACCUGCCGUCGUUCACAGAUAGAUAGAAAGGCCACUUUGCGCCCUUUCUCCGAAAUCAGAACUGUAUAUGUAUAUAUAUCUCUUCCAAUAAAAAACCAUUGCGCGA